AUGGACACAAGUGCUGCCCCGGACCUUACAGCAUCCAUUUCCGCUACAGUAGCCGGUUUUCAGACACAAUUAGUCAGUAUCAUUAAAUCCGAUGCGUUGAAACAGGACUACACCUUGUUGAAUGGGUUUCUAUCCUUUGCCCAUUCGAAACUGAACAAAAUAAUGGAGCUCGCCCUUUCCGACAUCAAGAGUGGUAAAAUAACGCAGGCUGUUCCUUUUCUUUUGGAUUUGUCUUGGGAGAAAUUAUGGUAUCCCAUCUUCAAAUGGUUUCAGGCUUGGAGGGCAUCAUUGCUGAUGAAGACUGAUGUGAAAGGCAAGCCAAAUUAUAUUGAGUUUAGGAGGAUGAGCACUAAGGCUAAUAAAUUUGCAAAGUUCGUGCUCAGUAUAUACAAUGAUUUGUUGAUUCAGCUUUUGAACCAAUAUGCUACCACCGGGGUGAUUUCCGAAAGCGCAGUUAUUGAGCCAUUAAGCUUAGCAAUUCAGAAAUCUGCAGGUAAGGAAAAACUUGACAAAAGAUCAUCGCAGACAUCUCUCAUUGUUUUCAUUUGUCAACGGUGUACAUUUUACAUGGCUUCUGUGGAAAAAUACAAGGCAAUCAGUGGGAAGUUAAACAACAAAUUUGCUAUGGCGGAUUUUGCAAAGGCAAUGGAGCUUUUACAUAUUUCCCUAAACCUUUCUCCAUCAUUUUCUGAAGUCUUUUUCCAACGUGGGUUGAUCUAUAUCCAAUGUAACAAUUUUGGGUUGGCGACGUAUGAGUUUCUACGUGGGUGCUUGACAUCUACUCCAAGUGUCAACUGCAUAAACAGUUUUCAGAACAUAAUGUUUAAUGAGGAGUCAUCGAUGCAUCAGAGACUAACAGGUAUGGUUAAACAUAUCCACAAAAUAGAGUUACACAGGGAAAGAUUCGUAAACCGGGAAAUUAUCGAGUACUAUUUCUUGCCCCUGUUAGGUUCGAUACUAAGACCAAAUGUAUGGAUAGAUGCAAACUCCCCCAGGUAUUUGAAGAACACGAAGAUAGAUUUGAAGGAUCUGGAGUUAAUGAUGUUUGAAAAAUUGGGCACAAGGUACUCGAAGAGUAUAGACACUAUCUUCAAAAACUUAAUGAUUGUGCUUAGUUGUUUCCACAUUAUAGUUUUAUUAAGCAAGAGCUCGAGGGAUCCUGCGACAGUGUACCAGUCAAAACUAUCAGAGCUGAAUGUUCAGGAGCUGCUGUAUCUGAAGUUUGCCUUCAAGUACAUUAACCAUAUCUUUGAGAAUAUUAUCUACGAAGUGUGGGACUCGGAUUUUGAAACCUUCCAAUACCUGGCAAUGGUGCGAGUCAGUUUGAACUGGAUGAACACCAAUAAGUCUGUUUUGCAAUAUGCGCAAUCUGAAUUGCGGUUUUGUCAAAACUUGACCAGAUUUGUUAAUUUUGUUGGCAGAAGCAACAUUAUUCCGGUAGAUUUACAAGCUAAGAGCCAAUCUCCAAAGAGGCAAUAUUGUUUUCAAGAAGAUAUUAUCUCAAGGGAGUUUUCCCCGUUGAAGUAUGCUUUAACUGAUUCCGACGAUUCUAGCAUUUUCGGGAAAGAUAACAGCAUUGACACUCUUUUAGGUUCCCCCUUAUCAGAGGAAAAACUGGAUUGCAAGGGUGAAGCGAUACUCAGACUUGAGUCGAUAAUAUCUUUGAGCAAGACACUUUUGGAAGGGAACACAUGUGGGUUUGAAAUCAACGGUGAAAAGAACUGUUACUUCCGUUCUCGUAAGACUCCAGAUAAAAAAAUCGGCAGUGAAUUCAAUAGAAAUCAAGUGGGCAGUGGCGUCACGAUUAAACCUAGAGUUAUCACCAAAGUCAAGGAGAUCAAAACUUUACAACCUCAAGCACCGAAACAGGAAGACGAUGUUCCCAAUUGGGGGUACAGUGGUUCGUCCGUGCCCGUUGCCCCAUCUACUAUUGAUGUGAAACCCAGUUUCAGCGUCCCAGGCACACCGUCUACGGUUAAAAAGGACAGAUCAGACAUGGCAUACGAUGAUGAAACUGACGAAACCUCGACAGAAUCUUCAGAAUCGUCAUCCGAUUUUGAUAUGAGCACGAUUGCCAACACUUUAGAAGAACUUAACAGAGAGGUUGAAUCCGCGAACAUGGCAGAGAUAUUCCCGCCCACGCGUGCCGACGUUGCGAACGCACCGUUCCCCACCGGUCCAUAUACAAACUCGCAGCCAAUGCCACCAGUAACUCGGGCCCCCGCGGUGUUAAACGGCAUGCCCUACCAACAACGGCCCAAGGAAUUCCACGGCGGCGGCAACUUGCAAUCGGACAUGUACUAUGGUGGCCCACCGCUGCCGUUCAUUCAGCAGCAAGCUGUGAUGGGUCAGCCGUUCGGGUACCCUAUUGCGCAGUGCCCGCAGCAGAUACAUGCACAGCAGGGUGUUCCGCCUACUGCACAACCGUCGCGGGUGUUUUCGAACCCAAUUUGGAACCCUACGAUGGAGGCGGGUCCCGGUUCCUCAUCACAGAGGGCCACUGCGUACCCGUACGGUUCUAAUUAUUCGGGCUGA